AUGCUUCGCCUCCUCCAGACCUUGGCUUUCUGCUUCUGGUGCUUCUUGCUACUUCAAAGGCAGGCUGUGGCUGACGAAGAGGCCCUCUGGGGACCGACGCCAUCAAAAGAUAACCCACCUGAAAGCUCUUACUGGUGGACCCCGUCUCUGCCAAAGUUCCCUUCCAUUCCGUUCCCUCCCUUCCGUAUACCCUUUUUACGUUCGGACGUGAACGAUGAGUCUGCCGAGUUGACCACAACCACCAAAGGGCUGACGGAACCAAUCAAUCGCUUGCAAGACCACUUUGGUUCAGGGGACGAAAUUAUUUCUGAGGCCUCUGAACCACCCACGACCUUGAGUCAGGGGCUCCUAACCAGCGUGACAAAGACAGGAACAGAAUCACUUCCCACGGGGACAUCGGAUUCUCCACACAGCAGCAUAGCGCAGAGCGACAACGAAGCUCUUGUUUCCGACUCCUACUCUCCCACAAGCAGUUCUAUCAGAAAUACUCUGGUCACCAACAGUCCCACCGGCACAAGCACUUCAGAACAAAAUGCAACACAUACCCACCCACCGGGGGGCCCCGCAGCAGCCACAACGCAACCGCUCCCAGAGCAACGCACCGAUAAGGAGGCUGAAGAUUUUACAGAAACAAUCUUUUUGACAGCAGAGGCAGAAACCACAGUUCCCGCUGCCUUGACAUGGGCACCAGCCCAAACCACAACGACUGCCCCAGGACUGGUGGAGAUCACUCCAACCAGCGGACACCCUCUGGUUCCUGUUACCCCCUCUACGUCCGCAGAAACCACGUUUGUCAGAAAACCACAAGACUCGACUUUUGGCAUUACGCUCCAUGCUGGAGGAGCCACAAUGACAGAACGUCACCCCACUCAGAGCGAGGCUGAUCUGGGCUCCUCUGAGGCCAGGUCAGGGCCCAUGGAGGAACAGCCGGGGGCAAUCACCACUGCCAUGGGGAUCGAUCACAAACUAGUGCCGGAAUCCAUAACAAGCACAACUCAGAGCCAAAGGGUUAACUUUCCAAUAGCAGGAGAGCCGCCAGGCAGCAGAGAGGAUAAGGAGGAUGAGGAAGGUGUGGUCCCUUCAGCCGACGGGGAUAGUGACACCGAGUUGGCAGACAUUUCCACGCCGUCCACCAAGCUGCUGACCACGUCCACGCCACAGAGCGCAGAAACCACCGAUAUCCCUGUGCCCACUGAAGACUGGAUGUACAACCAGGUGGACAGUGAAGCCACCUUGCUUCCAGACUGCAAUCAAGAGCGCUCCGGGAUCUGCAACGUCUCCGACACCUGGGACUCAACCACCUCCACGGACGUCAAGCCCACCACACAAAACACCACUGCCACGAACCAAUCGGCCAGCCCCUUCCUGAUCCCGGCCCCACCCAUGUUGGUGCCGCUGUACACCGACUGGAACAGUGCCAUGGCAGAUUGGGGCCUGGCCUGGGAGGCGCACGUCUACGGCGCCGGUUGCGUCUUUGCGAUGCUAACGCUGGCCUCGGCUCUUAAUCUGCUCUGCUUGCCUCUGCGGUGCCCAUCCGGCUGUGGCUACUUUGCCCUGGUCAGUCUGUUUCUACUAGCCGCUGGUUGCACCAGAUCUUUCUCCCUCCUGUACGACGCCUAUGGCCACCAGGACCGCUUAGCCUCUCCGGAAGCCUCACUGAUCCUCUACGAGGCACCGUUUCCCUGCUUGACUGCAGCAUUCGGUCUGGUUUUCCUUCUCCUCUCCAUGAGGUCAAGGAUGCAGCUCUCCUACUCAGCUUUCCAGAGACCCUGUUUCCUGGCCUGCCUAGUUGCCGUGCACUUUGGUGCUGCAUUCGGACCGGUGACAUUACUGAAGUUCUACCAGCAAAAGCCUCCCCACUGCCUCUUUCUCUCACUCAUCUCCCGUGGGACCUUUGUUGCACUGGCCACAUUUCUGUCCGCAGCCUAUUUCGUGUUCUACAUCUACGUGCGGGCAGAUUCGAAGCACAUCUACCACCUGAAUAACACGUCUCCGACACCUGCUGAACGAUACAACCGCUGCCCCUUCGCCGAGAGCCGCGACUGGAACCGGGCGGCUGGAACCGUUUGUAUUUCAGCAUUGUUUUGUUUAGCGUGUGCGGGAUUGCAGUUGUAUGCAAUGCUCAAUGCUAUGGGUGUCACGGGGGGAGAGGAGGUCUUUCACCCUUGGCCCUGGUGGGCUUUCCAGUUUAGCUGCAGACUAUGUGAGCUCGGGGUUUGUCUCACCUUAGCCUUGGUGGUAGCACAACCGGUCUACUGUUCUGACCACCUCCCAUCUGCAGGAAGCUGCUGGACAGAACUGUUGGCGUCCAAGUCGCCCAUCCUGCCUGGGAGCUACCAAUGGACCCUGAGCCAGCAAGAGAAGCUUGCAAUCGUUGAUACCGCUGGGCUUGGAGAGAUAGAGAGCCUUCCGCUUUACACUCUGGUGGAUGAGAGGCUUGGUAGCAGUCUUAACGGCCUGGACCUCCUCUACCACAGCAACCGGGCCUUGGCAUACCGAGACCUGGACUUGGAUUUGGACUUGCAGGGUUCAGGAAAACCCGUGAACGGGGGAUGCGGAGAACCCUCAGGUGGAUCCUCGUUUACCAGUGACUCCACCACAGACCUGCGGCCACCUUCGCCCAUCAACUUGCGUCGCAGCAUAGACGAGGCACUCUUCAGUGAGGCCCUAUUUCCCAUGAGCCUCUUUAGCCCUGCCAGGCCUCUUCGCUGCAGUGAUCUAUCAAUAAACAACCACUGUGCACUUCAAUGCAACGGCCUCUGUGAUCCCCUCUCGGCCGACCCUGGCCUUUAUCGAACCUCUUCCUGCGUGGAGAUGACCUCGCAACCCCAGCCCUCUUGCGCCGAAUCUCACGGAGACACCUUUGAAGGUGCUCCGACAUCUCCCUCCCUGUCCUCAUCCUCCAGCUGCUCAUCUCCUGAACGUUGGAGGGGCAGCUCGUCCUCCUGUUCCCUCUUCAGAGAUUCUUUCGGAGGCUCAUCACUGGUCCUCUGUCCAAGCCUAGAGAGACAUGGUCAGCAGCAUCUCCAGCAAGGGGGCGUGAGCCAUAUGGCGUCCUCGGGCCACACUGACCCACAGAGGCACUAUCAUACACUUGGUGCGGCCUCACAAGAGAGCCUGGACCUGGACAUGUCGUCUGAGGCAGACCGCUCCGCGCAGGAGGAGUUCAUCGGCGUUUGCAGACAAAUCGAUGCUUUGAGCAUCUGCAGCGAGACUAUUGAUUUAUAA